AUGCCACCCAGAGUAGACAGCAUAGCUCUACUCGAAUGCACCAUGCAAAUGAUCAGAGAGGUUCACACUGAUUGGAACAAAGACCAAAUCUUAGAGCAUGCCUUCUCCAUGAUGAACCUCCAACCAAAUACCAGCCAAAUCGAAAAGAUUCCUAAAUCAGUACUCAGCAUUGUAUCACAGAUCAUCAAGCUCAAUGAGAACAACUGGGCCAUCUGGGAGCCCAUGUUUAUGGACUGCAUAUGGCCCAUCAAGAACACAAAACAGAUCCUCACCAGGGAAAUAUCUAGUGACCACAUGGACUAUGAUGAAGAACUAAACAGUCACCUGUUAGGCCUCAUCCUGUCAUCAUGCGACCACAGUCCUGAGAGCAGUAUUCAUACAUACACUGUUUGA